AUGGCCAAAGUGGCGGCGGAAAGUUGCGGGUCGGCGCCGGCCGAGGACUUGUCCAAGGUGUCGGACGAGGAGCUGCUCAAGUGGAGCAAGGAGGAGCUGAUCCGCAGCCUCCGCCGCGCCGAGGCCGAGAAGAUGAGCGCGAUGCUGGACCACAGCAACCUCAUCCGCGAGGUGAACCGCCGCCUCCAGCUCCACCUCGGCGAGAUCCGCGGCUUGAAGGAUAUCAACCAGAAGCUGCAAGAGGAUAACCAGGAGCUGAGGGACCUGUGCUGCUUCCUGGACGACGACCGGCAGAAGGGCAAGAAGGUGUCCCGGGAGUGGCAGCGGCUGGGCAGGUACAGCGCCAGCGUGAUGCACAAAGAGGUGGCCCUGUACCUGCAGAAGCUGAAGGAACUGGAGGUGAGACAGGAAGAAGUGGUCAAGGAGAACCUGGAGCUGAAGGAGCUGUGCGUGCUGCUGGACGAGGAGAAGGGCGGCGGGGCCGGGAGCCGGAGCUCCAUCGACAGCCAGCUCAGCCUGUGCCAGCUGACGGCGCCCAGCGCCUACAUCCGAGACGUGGGGGACGGCAGCAGCACCUCCAGCACGGGCAGCACAGACAGCCCCGACCACCACAAACACCACCCCAGCACCAGCCCCGAGCACCUGCAGAAGGCUCGGGGGGAAGGCAGCCCCGAGCACCAGAAGCACCGGAGCAUCAGCCCCGAGCACCUGCAGAAGCCGCGCGGCUCCGGCAGCCCUGACCACCACCUGAAAGGGCCGAGCCCCGAGCACCACAAAGCCGCGGUCAAAGUCCCCGACCAACAAAAGCACAGCAGCAGCAGCCCAGAAACUAUCCCAAAGCACGUGCUGAGCAGUAGCCCUGAACACUUUCCAAAGCAGAGGCCUGGUGGCAGCCCUGAGCACCAAAAGCACAGCGGUGGCAGCCCAGACCACCUCCAGAAGCACACGCCAAGCGGGAGUACAGAACACCUGCACAAGGUGAGGGGCACCAGCCCAGAGCACCUCAAACAGCACUAUGGAGGCAGCCCCGAGCACCUCAAACACCUCAGCGGAGGCAGCAGGGAAGGGACCCUCAGGAGACAAGUGACAGAGGACCUGUCCCCUCACCACAGGAGUAUUUACAACGGAAUGAAUGAAUCAACCUUGUCCUAUGUUAGGCAGCUGGAGGCCAGAGUAAGACAGCUGGAGGAGGAAAAUCGCAUGCUGCCCCAGGAGCCCGGUAGGAUGCCCGGCGGGGCGGAGGGGCAGCCCUGCCCUGCCCAGCCAGCCAGCGUGGGGGGACACGGCCCAGCCUCUGCGCAGCCUGACUCAGUGGUAAAUGCUCUGAAGGUUGUGUGGAGGAAACUUGGAGAUGCUGCAGGGUCGUGCCCUGGAAUUAGGCAGCACUUGUCAGGCAAUCAGUAUAAAGGACCCAUGUAAUGGCCUCUCUGAAGAGCGAGAGUUUGACGUGCCCACGAGAGGGAAGGAACUGGCUGUCCCCCCAUCCCCACUGACGACGGGGUGUCUGGAUGCGCUGCACGAGCCUCGGCUGGACACCAGAGCUGCUGCCCGGGGGGCUGCCCCUGCCGACAGCGUCCCCUCCUGCUGCUCCAAUCGCCUGCCUAGUGACACGCUGCACCCUCACUGCAACACACCACCCUUAGGAGCACUGAGGUAUCUCCAUCCCAACUCCACAGAUACUUGGGAUUCUGCAGGAGCUGCGCGAAAUGAGUUUUAUUUUGGUUAGUUACAGCGAGUCUCUAAUAGGCCUGAACGAGUUUCCCGCUGGAUUUGACAGGGGUUUUUCCACCAGACUGGAGAGACGUGGAUAAACUGUGCCUUUGGUCUCCGCAGUUCUGAGAAAGUCGCUUCUUAGUAACUCCCCCUUCAGUCUGUAAAGGACCCGUUAAUGGUGCUUAGGCAAUUCCCAGGUGAUUUCUUUGCUUUGGUAGAAUAACCUGCCUUUGGAGGUGCUAAAAGACCAUAAAGUCCUAACCAGCCAGUAGUGUAGCAUAACUACAGUCCUUGUAGUGAUCCACAAUUUCUUUCUAAAGGAAAGUCAAGGUAGCUUUCUCUUGAUGCACAUCUUCUGAAGAGGUGUAGGGUGUUGGCAGCCCUUUAGUGAACAGAAUACUUAGGCAUCACUAUCACAGGUCUCAGAUCAGAAUCUCCAUCAGAAUUUCUUUUGAGAAGUAUUUUCCAAUUGUCAGGAUGCUAAUUUCUAACUGUUUAAUUUAGAGACAUGCUGGUUUAUUUAACAAGAGCCUAUAAGGAUCUAAAAGAUUGCACUGCAUUAUUAAAAAAAAAAGCUUUCCUUGCCACCGUAGAGUUCUUUCAAAGAAAAAGGGUUUUAUUAUCCUCAGAGCAUGUCUUUCAUUAUUAGGAGGCAGAAAGCUCUUGUUCAGAUUGCCUGAGAUGUGACCAGACGGCGCCCUAGAUGUGCUUAGUUUAUUUUUAUCUCUGUGUAUGACACUAGUUGUGUGUAUUGAACUACAACAUAGGUAUUUUGUGUAUAUCUAAGAGCAAUGAUAGUUUCAUGUAUGAAUGUGCAACAGGCUUGUGACUGAAUGGCUGUUGUUUAACUUUUUACCAUAGCUGAGCGUCAAAAAGAGACUAAUAAAAAAUAAUAAUAAUAA